GUCAUUUCGAUCUGACUCUGAUUUCGUUGGACACAAGUUUAUAAAAAAAUAGAAAAAGUAUGGACGUUUUGUAAAUGCAAUUAUUAUUUUGAUUAUUUUAUCGUAAUUCUUAAUUAAUAUGAUUUCGUAUUAUUUCAACAUAUUGAUCCUUUUUCGAAACUUGCUGAACUGAAAUUGCCUUAAUAUGGAGCAGGCGUAUUCUACCGAAGUUAUCUUAUCUCAUUGAUUAGAUUAUUGUCAAAAUUGUUUUAUUUCCCGUAUUCAACAGUAAAAUGAAGGCAGUAAUGAUUUAGAAAUCCCGUGCAUACGUGCGAAAUGUCUAAUACUAAUUGUGCAGAGGAAGAAUCAUUUCCUUUACACGAGUGUGUGUUUAUUGGGGACGUGCGUAAACUGUCCUCUUUACUGAGAAACAACGACGUGACACGUAAAGACAAACAUGGAAAUACAGCUCUACAUUUGGCCGUUAUGCUUGGUCGCAAGGAAUGUGUGCAGCUCCUUCUGGCCCAUAGCGCUCCAGUCAAAGUAAAAAACCUUGCAGGCUGGUCGCCGCUCGCAGAGGCUAUAAGUUAUGGUGACCGUCAAACCAUUUCAUCGCUGGUCCGUAAGCUCAAGCAACAGGCGCGCGAGCAAAUGGAGAUCAGACGACCUGAUCUCAUUAGAGCUCUUGCUCAAAUACAAGACUUUUACAUGGAACUGAAAUGGGAUUUUCAUUCCUGGGUCCCUCUAGUCUCUAGGAUAUUGCCUUCAGAUGUGUGCAAAAUUUAUAAGUGUGGCUCAAGUAUCAGGUUAGACACCACACUAGUUGAUUUUACUGAUAUGAAGUGGGAAAGAGGAGAUAUAUCUUUCAUAUUUCAAGGGGAGAAAGUACCUAGUGAAUCAUUGACUGUAAUGGAUAACAAAGCUAAUGUAUACCAACGUGUUCGCUAUGAGGAAACAGAGAAUGAAAUAGAGGAUGAGGUUGACAUUUUGAUGUCCAGUGAUAUUUUGGCUGCACAGAUGUCAACUAAAGGUAUUGCCUUUUCUAGAGCACAAUCUGGAUGGAUAUUUAGAGAAGAUCGCAAAGAAACAGUUGCUGGUUUAUACAAAAGUGAUAUCUAUACUAUAACAGGCUUAGUUUUAGAAUCACGUAAAAGACGAGAACACUUAUCUACAGAUGAUCUUCAGAAGAAUAAAGCAAUUAUUGAAAGUCUUACAAAAGGCAACACUCAAAAUUUGGAGACUGAUGGAGAGCCAGCAAGACGUGCCUCAUUGAAUCCUCCACCUGAGAGCAAUGUGGAUUGGAAUACUUACAUAUCAUCUCUGCCAGGUCAAUACCCAAGCUUAGGCAGGGAAAUUGUAUAUAAGGAGUCUUCAAGAAAUUUCCGAGCCACCAUAGCAAUGAGCGAUGAUUUUCCUCUUAGUGUUGACAUGCUGCUGAAUGUUUUAGAAGUGAUUGCACCUUUUAAGCACUUUGCAAAAUUACGUCAAUUUGUUGCCAUGAAAUUGCCAAAAGGAUUUCCAGUGAAAAUCGAUAUUCCUAUUUUGCCAACAGUUACUGCUAAAAUAACAUUUCAAAAAUUUGAUUUUCGUGAUGACAUUAAUCCAGAUUUAUUCAUUAUUCCAGAAGAUUAUGUUGAAGAUCCGCUGCGAUUCCCUGACUUAUGACGCUUUGAUAUUCUAACACUGUUUGAAGUAAACGAAAGGCCUGUAUGGCGACGCAAUACUAGGAAAGGGCGCUCGCGACGUUUAUUGAGACCGCGGUCACGUUGCAGGCCUGCCCCAUCUGGCUUGCUCACCAUAGAGUUCCCCAUGCUGUUUGGCUUUGGAAGUUCCUACUCCAGCCAUUGUGUUCUAUUUGUGGAAUAACAAAUUGUAUUAAACAUGCAUUAACUGUUGGUGAAAUUAUGUAGUUGUUUCUGUAAAACAGUGUUAGAAUAAUUGAAGUCCCCAUUAGGAAAACAUUGUAUUAUUUUGACCUUCAAGUUGUGCAUGUCUGUUGAAUUUAAUCAAAUUUUGUUUAUUCUGUGAUUGAUAUUUGGUUUUUGUGUAUUUCCAUUAAUGUCACUAAAUGUUCUGUGUUCAGUAUUCAUGUGUCUAUAGUAGAGUAGUAAAUCCAUUGCUCAUUCAGGUCAUUGUGUCUACAAUGGAAUUAUCUUGUUGAUUUAUUUUUGUAUGUAUUAUUUAUUUUUAUUUAAGUAUGAGUUAUUAUAUAUUAGAUGAUGAUAUGACUGAUACAGGACAUUUUUGUAUAUUUAUAUAGCAAGGCUAUAAAAAUUUACAUCUUACCUCUAUUAAAAAUGGGCCUGUUUGAAUACCUUUUGGCCUACAUAGUAAAGAUAUUAACUACAUACAACAAAUAUAUUAAAUUCAUGUUCAUUCUAAAUAGAUAUACUUGACACUAUCAUAAUUUAUUCAAGUUGCAACUCAAUCAAAAUUUGCCUGAAGAAGUCAAUUGUGCCUUCAGCAUUUCUCAUUUGUAGUGAAGUUGUAGAAAUGUGCAUUACAUUUUCAAAACCAUGCAAAAGAUGAAUGUAAUAAAUCUAGUAAAUUUAAUAUAAAAGCACUGAAUGUACUUACUAUGAUAAAAUUAGGAAACAUUCUAUUUCUAUUGUAGCACAUUAGAGUAGUCUGCUUGUAGAGUAUCAUGCAGAUAAUUGUUUAUCGAGAUAGUUACUAUUAUAAGAUUAAUCAGAUAUAAGUACAUUCGACAAUAACUGUUCAAUCCCACCUAUCAGAUUUGGUUUUGUAUGAAUUUUGUUUUCUUGCCAAUAACAUUCAUUUCUGUUUUGUAAUUAUUUUCAAAGAAAAAGUAUGAAAUUAAGGAAUAAAUAAAUUUUAAAAUGUUGUACCUA